AUGACGGACGGCACGUGCCUGCGGAGGAGGGGCGGCCCCUACAAGACCCCCCCGGCCACGGAGCUGAGCCGCUGGCGCCUGGCCAGCGAGGAGGGCCGGCAGCGCUGGACGUACGGCCCGGGGGAGGACGAGCAGAGGGCCCUGGAGGCCCACGCGGUGGGCCUGGACACGGCGAAAUACUUCGAGGAGCUGCCCCCCGCCCGCUCGGCCCGGGAGGGGGCCUGGAAGGGCAUGAGGUUCUACUCGAAGCUCCAGGCCGAGGACGGCCACUGGCCCGGGGACUACGGGGGCCCCCUCUUCCUGCUGCCAGGACUCUUGAUCACAUGCCGUGUGACCAGCACCUCCCUCCCAGCUGGGUACAAAGAGGAAAUCGAGCGCUACCUGCGCUCUGUGCAGCUCCCCGACGGCGGCUGGGGCCUGCACAUUGAGGAUAAGUCGACAGUGUUUGGCACCGCCUUGAACUACGUAUCUCUGCGAAUCUUGGGGGUUGGACCAGAUGACCCUGCCCUGGUGCGCGCCAGGACCAACCUUCAUGAGAAAGGUGGUGCUCUUGGAAUCCCUUCAUGGGGAAAGUUUUGGUUGGCCAUCCUGAAUGUUUACAGCUGGGAAGGACUGAAUACCCUCUUUCCUGAGAUGUGGCUCUUUCCUGCCUGGGUACCUGCUCACCCCUCAACUCUGUGGUGCCAUUGUCGCCAGGUAUAUCUGCCCAUGAGCUAUUGCUACGCCAUGCGCCUGCAGGGCCAAGAGGAUGAGCUGGUUCGAAGCCUGCGACAGGAACUUUACCUGGAGGACUAUUCCAGCAUAGACUGGCCGGCCCACAGGAAUCAUGUGGCGGCCUGCGACCUCUACACACCCCACAGCUGGCUCCUCCAGCUGGUCUAUGGCGUGCUCAACGUGUAUGAGAGCUAUCACCUCUUGAGCCUGAGGAAGCGCGCCGUGGCCGAGGUGUAUGAUCACAUAACAGCCGACGACCGAUUCACCAAGUGCAUCAGCAUCGGCCCGAUUUCUAAGACAAUCAACAUGCUCGUUCGAUGGUAUGCAGACGGGCCGGCCUCCUCGGCAUUCCGAGAACAUGUCUCCAGAAUUCCAGAUUAUAUGUGGUUGGGUCUUGAUGGCAUGAAGAUGCAGGGCACCAAUGGCUCUCAGCUGUGGGAUACAGCAUUUACCAUCCAAGCUUUCCUAGAGGCUGGGGCUCACAACAUGCCUGAAUUUUCUUCCUGUCUAAAGGAUGCACAUGAAUUCCUUAGAGUUUCCCAGAUUCCAGAUAAUCCUGUCGACUACCAGAAAUAUUAUCGUCAGAUGAACAAGGGCGGCUUCCCCUUCAGUACGCGGGAUUGUGGCUGGAUUGUUGCCGACUGCACGGCGGAGGGCUUGAAGAGUCUCCUUCUCCUGCAAGAGAAGUGUCUUUUCAUCACAGACCCGGUCCCCAAAGAGAGGCUGUAUGAUGCCGUCAAUGUGCUGCUGAGCAUGAGGAAUCCGGAUAAUGGGUUUGCCACAUAUGAGAAGAAGCGUGGAGGAUGGCUGUUGGAAUUACUGAAUCCCUCGGAGGUCUUUGGGGACAUUAUGAUUGACUACUCGUACGUGGAAUGCACGUCUGCGGUCAUGCAGUCGCUGAAGUGUUUCCGGGAGCGCUUCCCUGAGCACAGGGCCGAGGAGAUCCGGCAAACUCUCACGGAGGGACUGCGUUACUGCCGACAGGUGCAGAGGGUCAAUGGGUCGUGGGAAGGGUCCUGGGGAGUGUGCUUCACCUAUGGUACCUGGUUUGGAUUGGAAGCGUUUGCGUGCAUGGGUCAUACUUACGAUGGUAAUGGGGAUGCCUGUCCGGAGGUCAGGAAGGCCUGUGAAUUUCUGCUUUCCAAGCAGAUGGAGGAUGGAGGCUGGGGAGAGAACUUUGAGUCCUGUGAGCAGCGGCGAUACAUACAGAGCGACACAUCCCAGCUCUUCAACACCUGCUGGGCCCUGCUGGGGCUCAUGGUGGCCAGGCAUCCCGAUAUGGAGGCCAUUGAGAGAGGAGUGAAGUGUGUGCUUGGAAAGCAGCAGCCGAAUGGAGAUUGGCCUCAGGAAAACAUCGCCGGGGUCUUCAACAAGUCUUGUGCUAUCAGCUACACGUGUUACAGGAAUGUUUUUCCCAUCUGGACUUUGGGCCGAUUUUCCCACCUGUAUCCUCACAGCCACCUCGCUGGUGAAGUCAUGAUGUGAACCCUACGCACGGGGAGCCAAGGCCAGGGCAGAGCCAUCAGCACAGAUCGUGGAGAGAAGCGUGGUGGGAUGUGGGCGCAUGGUCACCUUUGACUCUGCGUCUGGUUGGACUCUGCGGGUCACCCCCCAGAUGUCCUCUGGUCAGCCUGAGACUCUUUGUUCACGGAGGCCCUUCUGUAAAAGGGAAGACGGAGCAUCCUCAGAUCCUUCAUUCUUUGUGUCUUGUGCGCCACGAAUGGUAUUCUUUUUGGUAGGACGUGUCUGUCUGCCCGUUGUCUCUGCCUUGCGAGGAUGUGCACAUCUUUGGCACUCAGAUCCUUGCCAAAUGCAAACUCUGGCUGCCCUGGGUUUUCCCUCUGUCUCUCCCCAGAAGAAUCAUUCUUGAGGAGCUGGGCAGGUUUGUGGAAAUCUCUAGGGGAUGGAUGGCUUGGUGUGGACACAGGAACUCUUGGGCUUAUGUGGCACUGCCAGCUUCUCCCAGGGCCCAUGGCUGCUCCUGGGCUUCCUGGUUGGGCCCAGCAGCUGGUGCUUUAAACAUUUAUUUUUUAACAUUUCCACAUGUCUUUAAAGGCCUCACGGAAGGCACAGCCACUUUUUUAUAUACAAGUGGGAUUUUUUAAUAGAUGUCCAUCGAGACACGAGCUUCCAGUAUGAUAGAGCCAGUGGGAAACUGGAAGUAAUCUUGUUUCCUGGACUCUUCCUCGGCCCUCCGUGAGGUCAGUCAGCCUCCAGCACAAGGUUAACUGGCCAGCGAUGUUUAUGGUCUCUGCUCAUUUUCCUGGCGUAGUGGGCGCUGCUUGGCAUGCCCGCCUCACCCAUCCUGGAGUUGGUAGGGUUAUAGGUCUAGAGUUGGAACUUUUUGAUGGUAGCCCAUGUUCUUGUUUCGGAUUCAGGGUCUCCUUUUAUUAUCUGUAUUUUAGAACCUGCUGAUUCUUGAAUAUCUCUGAUUUUUGCUCCUCAUGGACCUACUAUGGUAUCCCCCGGGUUCUCUUGAAUGGGAAGCAGAGGGCGCCCCUCCCUGGCCGGAGCGCCCGGCUCCUCCUCCUGAGCUCCCAGAGGACCUGGUGCCGGGGGAGGAGGCGCUCGCCCCCACCUUCUCAGGAGACGCAUCGCCAGCCAGGGUGUUGUUUGCGUCCCCAGCUGAAGCUUCUUUUCGCUCUUGUGCUGGUUUUCUCUCUUCGCAUGCUGCUGGGGUUCAUGCCCGCCGCUUAGGCCUUGUCUUCUCAGCCUUGCUUCUUGGCAAUCUGCAGCCGAUGGGUGGAUGGGCGUUCCUUGCCUCUUGCUUGUCCCAGCACCCCAGAAGCACCAGAAUCCCUUGUGCUGGGGCAAAUCGCUUCUUUCUCACCGAUCCAGAUGUGGUGCUGACUGACCCGCACUGGCUUCAGUUCCUCCCCCAGGCCCCAUAGAGCAGUAGUGUCCCAUUAGGUAAUGAUGGGACCCCAGCUUAGAGACCGUGCUGUGCAAAAAUGGAUUUAGCGGCCCUGUUGGCCAUUAGCCAAAGCCUGGAAAAGAACCCACGUCUCCAGAGGUAGGGAAAAGCUAAAAAACUGGAAUCACUAGGUCAGAGGUCACCCCACGGGCCUGUUUGUCCGAGGCUGCACCGGCAUUGUGUUGGCUAUCGGCCAGUCUGGUGGAUGGGGGAUGGUUGGUCUAAGGGGUUUUUCAGUCAGAUAAAGGUAAAUUUCAGAAAAUGGACAGAUUUCUUUUGAAAACUGUUGCCUAUUAAAAUUCUUUGGUGACCUAUCUUGGGGAAUGGAUCAUACUCUCAGAAAGGUGUGUUAGCUCCUUAUAGAUUUUGGAUUUUUCCACCUUAACCUGGUAUUUCUCUUUGUUUUGGGUACUCGGGCUUUUUUGUUGUUAAGCAGAGUGUGUUUGUACAGGAUGAAAUCCGUCUGUCUGAACUCUUCAAAUCGAGUACUUGUUGAAUGUUGCUAACAUUUCCUACCUCUCCAUGAUUGUGAUAGAGCAAACAUUGCUUUAGCUUCUGAUUUGGGUCCUGUAUCUUUAUGACAUUCAAUCAUUGGAUAGAACGUGAGCUCCUUGAGGGCAGACGCUGGGUUCUGGCUCCUGGCACGGGACCCUAGAUGCUUUGUUAAGUGUUUGGUGAUUGGUUUAGAACUGAUGGGGGGUAAAAUGGGUUGGGACGAUGUCAAAGAGUUUUUGCCUUUCUGAAAGGGGCGUAACGAACGACUUAAUCUCCACAUUUGAGGAUUUCCCUGCAUAUGCCAAAGCCCAGCCUUCUCGAUGGUUUGGCUCUUGCCCUGGCUAAGCACGUCAGCACCGUGUUCGCACUAGUUGCAGCGAGCGAUGCCAGCUGGCCGAGGGUAUGAUUGCAAGCUGGCGGGCAAAGCUGCUUCCCGAGUUGUUCGCCCACCUCCGUUUUGUUCUCCCCUCAUGUAAUUGUUAAGGGAAACCUUUGCUGUUUCCAUUAGCGUUUCAUCGUCUCCAGGUUGAUCUGUGUGGCUGCUGUUUCGCUGUAUUGUUACAAUGUGGCCGAUCCCAGGGCCGUUCCUCCAGUUAACCAGUAGGACCUGGAGGCCUAGCGAUGGUUAGUGCCCAAGUACACUGAUUUUUGAAGCAGAUGACCUUUCCCUUUCUGUCCUUCCUUCUGGGGUUUGUCAGGGCUGACAUGGCCAGGGCUCUUUGUCUUGGGUUCUGCUAUUUGGGCUACUCUGUUGUGGAGUCUCUUGGCUAUUCUAAAUAAAACAUUGGAUUAUUUAACACA